UUUUACCCCUAAUUUCUUUUUGGUAGUCAGACCAAACAGUAAGGACGUUCCCUCUUCUGUCUCUGUGGACUUGGGGGAGACGAUCUCAUACUCUAGUUGCGCUUCGCAUUCGUCUUCUUCGCCGCUCUCUCUCUCUCUCUCCGGCUCCAGCAGGAAACGGGAAAGAAAUGGUGGCGAAGAGGAAGCGAGAGAAGGGCGAAGGCGAUACGGAGCGAAGAGCGAGCCUUAGGAUCCAGGAUAAACUCAAAGCACAGAAGGAAGCGAAGGAGAAGUUGGUCCUUGAGAGAGUCAAGCUUCUCGACGAUGACAGUGCAUCGCGUGGGAAUUCUCCGGAGAGCAGCGCUCCGCGUCGAAGUGUGAGCUCCCCAGCCAAAGAGACGAAGACAACGCACACGGUUUCUCAUGGAGACGGGGGUCAGACGGACAGCAAUGGAAGUUCGGAGCAUAUCGAGAAGGCGGCUCACCUCAAAGUGAGGGAGACUCUGAGGUUGUUCAACAAGCAUUAUCUCCAUUUUGUCCAGGAAGAAGAAAAGCGAUGUGCGAAACAUGAGAAAAUUGUGGUGGCCUCCAAAUCUAAAGGGAAACGCGGUAGGAGGAAGGGUACCAAGAACAAAGCUGCGUCUGAUGAGGACGCACCCAAGGCAAGAAGACCUGAUUUGAAGGCGUUAACUAAGAUGAAGGAUGCCAAUGAGAUAUUGUAUCCGGAAAAAAGGAUAGGGAAUCUUCCAGGUAUUGAGGUCGGGCACCGAUUCUUUUCUAGAGCUGAAAUGGUUGUCUUGGGCUUGCACUAUCAUUGGCUCAAUGGCAUAGAUUUUAUGGGGUCUGCUUACAAAAAAGGAGAGUAUAGUCACUACACUUUACCGCUUGCCGUUUCAAUAGUUAUAUCGGGCAUGUAUGAGGAUGAUCUGGACAAUGCGGAUGAGGUUGUGUACACUGGUCAAGGAGGGCAAAAUUUAACGGGUAACAAGCGCCAGAUUCAGGAUCAAACAUUAACUCGCGGCAAUUUGGCUUUGAAGAACUGUAUUGAGCACAAUGUGCCUGUAAGAGUUAUCCGUGGUCACCAGUGCACAAAUAGUUAUACCAGAAGAGUAUACACUUAUGAUGGCUUGUACAAGGUUGUUCGAUACUGGGCAGAGAAGGGAAUUUCAGGAUACACAGUGUAUAAAUACAAACUAAAGCGACUGGAAGGGCAACCAGUACUGAUGACUAAUCAGGUUAACUUUGUGUUUGGACGUGUCCCUCAGUCUAUUUCAGAGAUUCAAGGCUUGGUGUGCAAGGACAUAACCGGAGGCCUUGAAACUAUUCCUGUUCCUGCUACGAACCGUGUUGAUGAUCCACCUGUUGCACCAACAGGGUUCACAUACAUCAACUCUUUGAAAGUUGAAUCCAACAUGAAGAUCCCGAGGAAUGCAUCUGGGUGUAACUGUCUAGACGAAUGCUCUGACCCUAGGGAAUGUGCCUGCGCCAAGUUCAACGGUGGGGACUUUCCAUAUGUUAAACUUAACGAUGGCAGAUUGGUUGAGCCCAGAGAUGUGAUAUUUGAAUGUGGUCCAGACUGUGGUUGUGGACCUGGUUGUGUCAAUAGGACCUCUCAAAAAGGAUUGAGAUUUCAUCUAGAGGUGUUUCGUUCGCCAAAGAAGGGUUGGGGGGUUAGAUCAUGGGACUACAUACCUGCUGGGUCUCCAGUAUGCGAGUACUUAGGAGUGCUCAGAAGAACUGACGAUGUGGAUAGUGUUUCUGACAACAACUAUAUAUUUGAGAUUGACUGCCUUCAAACAAUGCAAGGCCUUGGUGGAAGAGAGAGAAGGCUAAGGGAUGUAUCCAUUCCUAUGGUUAACAAAAUCAUUCAGAGAUCAGAAGAUCAGAAUGCGCCUGAGUUCUGCAUUGAUGCUGGUUCAAAAGGGAACAUCUCAAGGUUCAUAAAUCACAGUUGUGAGCCAAACCUUUUUGUUCAGUGCGUUUUGAGUUCCCACCAUGAUCUCAAACUCGCACGGGUGGUGCUUUUCGCAGCAGAUAACAUACCACCAUUACAGGAACUGACAUAUGACUACGGGUACGAAAUUGAUAGCGUUUAUGGUCCCGAUGGGAAGGUAAAACAGCUUGCGUGCUACUGUGGGGCAACAGCCUGCAGAAAACGCCUGUACUAGCAACAAAUACAUGGAGAAGAAUAUGUGAGGCUCGUAUCGUUGCUAGGUAUAUUUUCAAGUGAUAAAACUCUCAAUCUUUUGCUGAAUACACAGAGGUUUUAGAACCUUUUUUCGAUAGGAAAGCAGCCAGGAAGUACUGCUGAGACAAUUGUGAGGCGUUGCCGCUCCGUGAAACCUUUUAAUUGUAAGGAGAUUUCCCUUGUAUAUUUAGAACCCAAAAAAAAGUACAUGGAAAACUCGAAAAAAGGGAAGUUAAGUUCAA